ACCGCAUUAAGUCAUUUGAGGGAAAGGGUGGGGGAUUAAGGAGAUUUGGACAAAACAACGGGUCAAGCUCAGGAUGCACAAUGAUCCUUGUCUUCUGUUGCAUCUGAGGAUGAACGAACAAGCCUGGACCUUUCCUGUUUGCUCGGGAGUCGUGACCCACCCCUGGUGGCUUUGUGCGGAGUGCGCGUGCGCCGGCGGAAAACCAUUGGAGACCGGUGGAAGGAGGGCGUCGGCUUGUCCCCAGAUCUUAAAGUACUAAUUUGUUCCAUAUAAGUUACGAUGCCUGGAAGAGCAGGUACAAAUCGCACAACAGGAACCAAGUCAAAGCAGGAGAGCAAAUCUCAACAGUGCAAAAAAACUGGAAAAAGGAAAGUUGAUAUUGGAGAUACUAAGGAAUCAGAGAAAGAGGUAAGACAUUCAAGCAAACAAAUGAAGAAACAAUCUGAGAAAACAGGACAGCCUUUGCAAGAAACUGGGAAGAAUACAAAUAUGAAAAAGAAAACCCUCAAAAAUAAAGUAACAUGGCAGCCUCUCUCAAAAGACAAUAAAGAAUAUUUUGAGUCUAUGAUGGAUUCUAUGAUACGAUCAGUUUUGAGAGCUGAAAUAAAAGAAAAAGAAAAUACUCAAAUUCAUCUUAACUGCUUAAAGGAAAGAUUUCUUCAGUUGUGUGAAACUCAUAAAGUCUCCCUGGGAGACUGGAGUAGUCUCAAGGAAGUGUCCAAUCUCUGUCUGAAGGAAAUGGAGACUCUUGAGGCCAAUGAAGAAAGUCUGGCGUUAUUGCAGGAAGAAACUGAAAAAGCAGUGAAGGCCACAGAAUUAAUAAAUGAGAAUAUUCAGAACCUUCAGGAUAAAAUUCGGAUUCUUGAGAGUGAAUUGGAGGAAGAAGAGGAAAAGGCUAAGCAGGUGCUUCAGUUAGAUGGUACCAAGGCCCUUUCUCUUCCAGAACUCCCCAAGAAAAGUAUUAAAGCCCCAAUACUUCAUGAAGAAAUUUUGAAGAGGAUCCCAAAUCAGAAGGAUAUUCUAAAGGAUCUGCAUGUCAUGAAUAAUUCAACAGAGAUGAAGAACAUGUUAACUUUCAUAAAAGAAACCUAUAAGAAGCUGGAUGCCUCCUGAGUUCUUGUACUGUAUAAUUAUGGACAAUUUAACAUUUAUAAAUCAAUGAAAAUGAUUGUUACCUUUAAUGAAGUCUUUUGAUAUUAUAGAUGAUAAGACCAUCAUGGGAAUUACAAAUCCCCUAUUCAUCACAAGCACUUUUUAAAAAAUAGGCAUCUCCUACCAACUUAAUAUCUGGACGCCCUGGAUCAGAAAUGACCAAGUCUGUGCUGUAGUCUCCCCAUUUCACAUCUUUCUGACGUGUGCCUUAGGGCCAGAUACCCAAAAACUAAACUUUGUUCAGCUGUUAUGGCUUUUCUGGGAUCAGAGUUUCAGGUGAAUGUAGCUCAGUGAUUUUUAAUUGAAGGACCAAUCAAAUAAAACAGAUAGGACAUGGGACAAUUAAAAUGUAUGUUUAAGAAAUGACUGAACUUUCGAUGGCUGGUCACUUAGAGGAGGAAGUACCCUCUUUUUUUAUUUUUAAUCCCUUCUUUCAGUGCCAUUUUCCUCCUCUGACAAUUCCCUGGCCUUCCUCCAAUGAGCUGUCUCAGUUUUCACUGAUUAUCCAUGUUUUUGGUAAACUGGAGAAACCAAGGGAUUUAUAAAUGACUGUAUGUCAAAAGGGAUGUGUAAUGGCAUCAGUAUUUUAUUUCCGUGAGCACAUAAAUAAUGAGCCCUUUUUUCCCCUCCAGAUUAUCAUAAAGGCAUGAUUGUGUCCCAGAAGACUGAUUACUAAAGAAAUGCAUGUGUACUAUGUCUCAUUAGAGUAUUGACUCAAAAAUAACACUUCAAUAUCUAAAGCCUGUUUUUUUAGAUAGGUUGUUUUUUUCUGUAAACAAUUUUGGCUUAUUGAUGACAACAUGCAAAUAUUCGUGUUGAUAUAUCACUGAAGUGAUACAGUUUAAAAGCUGUUUCAAGUAAUAGUCAUAUAAUUGACUGUCAAGUUGAAAUAGGUUCUUUGGGGAAAUUGGGGCAUUGUCUAUUGAUUUUUGUUUGUCUAUGAAAUAAAAUAUUAACAUGUAA